ACUGGUGUUAAUUUAAAUUGUUUACGUUAGUAAUUUAUCAUGUAUGUCCACCCUCCAGGUACAUACAUUUUAAAAUUGCGAUAAAUCGCAUAUACUAAUCUUGCUGUGCAAAACGGCUCUUAGCUAAAAAAUACUGACACGACGUAAUAAUUAUUUAACUUGUUUUAUUCCCGCGACCUUCCGAUAUCGCCAUUGAUCCAACAGACCGCGGCCGCAAAUCGCGCCGAGUAGACACAUUGGCUGCGUGACCCAUUUAUUCCAGGCAGCUGUUCAAAGGAGGGUGAAUAAAAAAAAACAAUGUUAAAAAGUGUGUUUGUGUUGUUUUUGGUGAAUUAUUUGAACUCAGUGCGAUGCCUCGAAGUUCCUGACGCGAAGUUAGAGGCCAUAUAUCCUAAAGGACUAAGAGUGUCAAUUCCAGAUGAUGGCUAUACUCUCUUCGCAUUCCACGGCAAACUCAAUGAGGAGAUGGAGGGAUUGGAAGCCGGCCACUGGUCUAGAGAUAUCACCAAAGCGAAGAACGGACGUUGGAUAUUCAGGGAUAGGAAUGCUAAGCUAAAGAUUGGGGACAAGAUAUACUUCUGGACUUAUAUACUUAAGGAUGGGUUGGGGUACCGACAGGAUAAUGGAGAAUGGACUGUUACUGGUUAUGUUAAUGAGUAUGGAGAACCUUUAGACGCCAACUUUGAGCCCAGAUCAACGGCUUCUACAGCACCCCCACCCCAAGCCGGUGCAGGUCAAGCACCAGGACCAAGCUAUCCGUGCGAACUGUCAGUCUCAGAGGUCUCCGUGCCAGGAUUUGUCUGCAAGGGUCAGAUGCUAUUCGAAGACAACUUCAACAAACCCCUGGCUGACGGUAGAAUAUGGACUCCUGAAAUCAUGUUCCCCGGAGAACCGGACUAUCCGUUCAACGUGUAUAUGAAAGAAACUGAUAAUCUUCGCGUAGGGAACGGCAACCUGGUCAUCAAGCCAAUGCCGUUGGUUACUGCGUUCGGUGAGGAUGCAAUUUGGAAGACUUUGGAUCUUUCAGAUAGAUGUACCGGCUUAUUGGGCACAGCACAAUGCAAACGCGACCCAUCGGACGCGAUCAUAGUGCCGCCUAUCGUCACGGCGAAGAUCAACACCAAAAAGACGUUCGCCUUCAAAUAUGGUCGCGUUGAAAUCAGUGCCAAGAUGCCGCGAGGGGACUGGCUUGUUCCUCUAAUCCAGUUGGAGCCCGUCAACAAGAACUACGGCAUUCGCAACUACGUAUCAGGUCUCUUGCGCGUCGCCUGCGUGAAAGGAAACACAGAGUACAUCAAAACACUAGUAGGAGGACCCAUCAUGAGUGAAGCAGAACCUUACAGGACGGCUAAUUUGAAAGAGUUUAUUAGCAACGAACCCUGGACAAACGAAUUCCAUAAUUAUACCUUAGAGUGGAGUCCAGAUGCUAUAACGAUGGCGGUGGACGGCAUUGUUUACGGACGUGUGACGGCCCCAGCUGGAGGUUUUUAUAAAGAAGCACACGAACAAAAUGUCGAAGCCGCUGCGAGGUGGAUCCAGGGGUCCAACAUAGCACCCUUCGAUGAUAUGUUCUAUAUAUCCCUGGGCAUGGACGUGGGUGGCGUCCACGAGUUCCCGGACGAGGCCAUCAACAAGCCGUGGAAGAAUACCGCCACCAAGGCCAUGGUCAACUUCUGGAACGCGCGUAGCCAGUGGAACCCCACGUGGCUUGAGUCGGAGAAGGCGCUGCUGGUGGACUACGUUAGGGUGUACGCUUUGUGAUCGAUUUACGUUAUGUUGAUUUACGUCUGUUUAGUCAACUGAGAUUAUACAAUAAAUGAAUUAUCUAAUUUAAAA